AUUUAAUAAACCAUUUCAUUUGAUUUAAUUGUCAUUGUAAAUUAGCUUUCAAUUUAGAUUUAGACAUAAAUUAGGCAUUGUAAACCUUAAACUAGAUUUAGACUAGACCCCUUUAAAAACUAAAAUCAACAACAGUCAUCAUGAAAUUGCUCUGGCUAUUUAUCCUAAUAAUUACUAAAUACAUACUAGCUGAACACAGAACCAGAUCUACCUUAGUCAACACUAAACUUAAGGGGACAUACGAGUCGGAAAAUGACGAAUUUUUAAUUUUUUUUUCGAUUUUUUUUUCUUUCAGAUUUUGAAAAUUUAACCUUUUUUUUAUAUGAAUCAUAUUAUAUUUUAGCAUAAAAAUGUUUGUAAAUAUGUGUAUUUUGACUUUGAACAUGUACACCUUUUGGUGAUUAUUUACAAAUUAUCGAAAUUUAUCAAUGUUUACACCUUGGAUACGAUAUUACCAAUCUAACAAAGCUAGGACCAUGAUACAUCAAAAGAAAGGUCACGAUCCGAUUUAUAUGUUUAUCUGGGGUUCAAACUAAUGGAUUUAUAUGUUUUUUUGUAAUUCGUAUUUUUCCGAGCUAUAUAAUCUACGGAAACUUCCUUAUAUGGCACAUCGGCAAAACUCGGAAAAAAUCGACUAAUCAGAAUGUGCCGUUUCAUCCGGAAAAGGCGUUUCAAAAUGGCCGACAGCGUAAACACAUUCUUGUAGUGAAAGUCAAUGAAAGCCUUGCACAAGACAGUUUCAGUUGUUUGGUAUUUGUAAACAUCAAAGAAAAUAUCUUUUACAUUAAAAUGCCUCGACCAAAGGGACGAAGAAUGCUAGAGAAGCUCAAUAAAGCCAGAAAUGUUAUGCUAUCUGACAAGCUGCGUGGAAAUUCCUCUAGGUCUAGGUCUAGUUUAGAUCCGGCAUCAGAAGGACAACGUGGUGCAUCCAGAUCGAAAUUAGACCGUCUUUCAAUAAAUACUGAUGUUCCAAGUGAUCUAGAUCUACAAGAAACAGAGCAAUUAUGGACUAUUGCUAAUACUAAUCAGCUUACUGAUUUGAUGUCGGAUGCAUUAUGCCCUAAUUGUUUUCAGUCAAGUUUGACUAUUAGAGUUAUAAAAGAUGAAAACAUGGGGUUCGCAUCAAAGUUGAAGUUAUGUUGUAGAUCUAGUAGUUGUGGAUAUACUAAAUCAAAGUUUUCAUCUCCAAGAAUACAAAAAAGUAACUGUUCAAAUGUUGCAUUUGAAAUAAACACCAAGAUGGUUUUAUACAGCCAUGAGAUAGGAAAGGGUUUCACUUCGCUGCAGACAUUUAGCAGCGUCCUAGGAAUUUCUGGAAUCAGCCAGAGAGCCUUUAAAGACCAUGAUAAUAAAAUCACAGACUGUGAAGUGGAAUCUGGGGAAGACAUGCUCUACCGCACAGCCAACGCCAUACGUCAAGCUUAUGCAGAGACGGAUGAUGACAUUAGGGAAGCCAUUGAACAAGGAGAAAACCCUUUGAUUGACAUUUCAGUCAGUUAUGAUGGGACCUGGCAAAAGCGAGGCUUUACAUCGCUUUAUGGUGUAGGUGUCUGCAUCGAUUUACUAACAGGUCUUGUUGUCGACUUCGAUAUUAGAUCUAAGUACUGCCAUGCAUGCCACAUACAGAAAGCUGAGAGCAUGAACGCAACUGACCUCGCAGUUUGGAAAGAACAGCAUGAUUGCUGUACUAAUCACCACAAAUCCAGCAAGUCUAUGGAACAGGACAGUGCUGUAAUUCUGUGGAAUCGUUCUGUGGCAAAAUAUAAUUUUAGAUAUGUGGAGAUGCUGAGUGAUGGAGAUUCUUCUGCUUUUAAAGCUGUGCUUGAGUCUAAGCCAUAUGCUGAUAAAGCUGUUACUAAACUUGACUGUAUCAAUCAUGCCCAUAAACGUAUGGGGACAGCGCUUCGAAAACUUGCCAAAGAAAGCCAUCUUGGUGGCAGAGGAGUUGGCAGGUUAACAGAAAAAAAAUGUGACAGUUUGCAAAAUUUUUAUCGUGGUGCUAUAAUAGACAAUAUUCCAGAUGUGUCCAAAAUGAGGAAUGCUGUUUGGGCAGGAUUAUACCACUCCAUGUCUACAGAUACUGAACACCAUCAUCGACAAUGUCCAUUAGGAGAAAAUAGUUGGUGCUGGUACCAACAAGCGAUUUCGUUGGGACAAGACCCUGACAGCCACUCUAAUCAUAAGGCAUCAACAUUUUUGUCUCUAGAGGUGGCUCACAAGCUAAUUCCAAUUUAUCGAAGAAUGUCAGAUGAGUCCUUGCUUCAACGAAUGGCUCAUGGUGGUACUCAAAACAACAACGAAAGCCUUAAUGCUAUGAUUUGGACGAGAUGUCCUAAAACAAGUUUCAUGGGACUUGGCAGAGUGAAAGGCAGUGUUGCUAGAGCUGUGUCAAUAUUUAAUGCUGGCGCCAAUGAAUUAAUUAACGUGAUGAAUAAGAUGCAUAUUGAUGUUUCUUAUGUAACAUUAAAUAAUUUAAAAAAGGUCAAUGAUAAAAGAAUUAUUCAGUCUGACACUACUAGCCAAGAGGAUUAUAGAAAAAGAAGAAAGACUGUUUCUUUAACACGGUUUGAAAAAGUCAGAGAGGAAUUGGCCAAAGAUGGGAAUGUAUAUGGUGCUGGUGCUCAUUAGCAAUACUACUGUCAAUAUUUUUUUGUAUUAUAUAAUUUUUUUUGUUUUUGUUCAUUAUUGUUAGAGCAUAUUGACAGUUUAGUUGCUGUUUUAAUUAUUUGAAACAAAAAUGUAAUAACUAAUUUGUAGCAAAAUUUAAACAACACCAUCUGAUUAUGUUUAUGUAAAUAAUAUAGAUCAACAAACUUUUUCAAAUAUAUUAUGAUACCUUAAUUCAAGAGAAAAUGUUAGCAAGUUUUAUCUAAACUGACAAUUAUAUAUAUGCUAUCUAAAGAACUCCCUAGAUGAAUAGUAGAGAUAUAACAGAACUACUGAACAGUUAUCAUGAGUUUCAGAUUUUGAGUUAGCGCUUUUUUCUUAUUUGACAUUGUUAUAUAUAUGACAUUUUUUCAUUUUAAUCUUCUGUGAACUUCAAGCAAGCUCUUUUCUUUAGUAUUUAAUAUUUAUUGUUGCAAAUUGUUUGGGUUUUUAGAUUGCACACCGGUACAUCCUACAUUCUUAUCAAGUUUUUUUUUCUUUAUGGUUGCUAAAUGUUAUACCCGGUAUAUAAUAUAUUAUUUUAUAAUGUAAUCUGGAUGGAAUAUACUAAAUAGCUAUUUUUAAAAGCUGCUAUACUAAAGUGUAAAUAACAUAUAUUUGCUAUUCAGUGAUUUUCUGAAUAAAUUUUUGUAAUUGAAUUUUUUUUCUUUCUUUUUUUGUAUUUUUGUAUAUAUCUCUAUCUGCCAAACGCUAAGGCUCUGAAACUACUUUUGGAACUUAUUUGAUAUUUGGCAUAAUUAUUCUGUACAUAUAUAUCUACAUGUGCAUGCAAAAACUUUUUGAUAUUUGCGUAAGUUGGAUUUUUGUUUGAAAUACUACUCUGUAAUACAAUUGCGUACAAUUUACGUUUUAUUAUCCCAAUUAGUUGCUAUACUUAUAUGAAAUUUAGAAUAUGCUCUUUACUAAAUAUAGCUAUUUUUAUUAUGUUUUCAGAUACUUAUUAUACUAACCUAUAAAUUACAUGCAUGUUAUCUAGUAUUUUCCUGACAAAAUUUUUGUAAUUGAAAUUUUUUUUUUUUUUUUUUUCAUUUUCUUCUUUUUUUUGUUUUUGUAUUAUACCUCUAUCUGCCAAACGCUAAGGCUCUGAAACUACUUGAGCUACAUACUUCAUAUUUGGCAUACUUUUUCUGUACAUAGAUAUCUACAAAUGCAUGCAAAAACUUUUUGAUAUCUCAAUAAGUAGAUUUUUUGUUUGAAAUAUUACUCUGUAAUACAAUUGUGUACAAUUUGCGUUUUAUUUUACCAAUUGGUUGCUAUAUUUAUAUGAAAUUUAGAAUAUGCCCUUUACUAAAUAUUGAUAUUUUUUUAAUGUUUUCAGAUAGUUAUUAUACCAACCUAUAAAUUACAUACCUGUUAUCUGGUAUUUUCCUGACAAAAUUUUUGUAAUUGAAAUUUUAUUUUGUUUUUUUGCAUUUUCUCCUUUUUUUGUUUUUGUAUUAUAUCUCUAUCUGCCAAACGCUAAGGCUCUGAAACUACUUGAGCUACAUACUUCAUACUUGGCAUACUUAUUCUGUACAUAGAUAUCUACAAACGCAUGCAGAAACUUUUUGAUAUUUGAAGUAGUUUUUUUGUUUUAGCGUUUCAAAGUUUAGAAUUAUGAAAUAUUUAUGUAUUUUUCAUGGUUGCAACACUAAAAAAAUCAUUAAAAAAAGACAAUAAAAGAUAACAAUAUUUCC